CAGGAAGGCAGGGCGCACGGCACCCGGGAUCCCGUCGCCGCCGGACACCAGACUCGGCGUGCUCCCAAUACAGCUGACGUCCCUCGCCAGCCGCACCCAUGCUUCUGGCGCGGAUGAACCCGCAGGUGCAGCCGGAGAACAGCGGGGCGGGCCCGGGGUCAGAGCAGCCCCCGCGAAAGCGCAAAGCUGCGGAAGUCUUGGUGGUGAAAGAGCGCAACGGCGUCCAGUGCCUCCUGGCGUCCCGCGACGGCGAUGAGCAGCCCCGGGAGACCUGGGGCAAGAAAAUCGACUUCCUGCUGUCGGUGGUCGGCUUCGCGGUAGACCUGGCCAACGUGUGGCGCUUCCCCUAUCUCUGCUACAAGAACGGCGGCGGCGCCUUCCUGAUCCCAUACACCCUCUUCCUCAUCAUUGCUGGGAUGCCCCUGUUCUACAUGGAGCUGGCUCUGGGCCAGUACAACCGGGAAGGGGCGGCCACUGUGUGGAAGAUCUGCCCAUUCUUCAAAGGAGUUGGCUACGCUGUGAUCCUCAUCGCCCUGUAUGUUGGCUUCUACUACAAUGUCAUCAUCGCCUGGUCACUCUACUACCUCUUCUCCUCCUUCACCCUCAACCUGCCCUGGACGGACUGUGGCCACGCCUGGAACAGCCCCAACUGCACCGACCCCAAGCUCCUCAACAGCUCCGUGCUGGGCAACCACACCAAGUACUCCAAGUACAAGUUCACACCGGCAGCAGAGUUUUAUGAGCGAGGCGUCCUGCAUCUGCAUGAGAGCAGUGGAAUUCACGACAUCGGCCUGCCCCAGUGGCAGCUCUUGCUCUGUCUGAUUGUGGUGGUCAUCGUCCUGUAUUUUAGCCUCUGGAAAGGAGUGAAGACAUCAGGAAAGGUGGUGUGGAUCACUGCCACGCUGCCUUACCUCGUGCUGUUUGUGCUCCUGGUCCACGGCGUCACGCUCCCCGGCGCCUCCAACGGCAUCAACGCCUAUCUGCACAUCGACUUCUACCGUCUAAAAGAGGCCACGGUAUGGAUUGAUGCUGCAACUCAGAUAUUUUUUUCCUUGGGGGCUGGAUUUGGAGUCUUGAUUGCAUUUGCUAGUUACAACAAAUUUGACAACAACUGCUACAGGGACGCCCUGCUCACCAGCACCAUCAACUGUGUCACCAGCUUCAUCUCUGGGUUCGCCAUCUUCUCCAUCCUUGGUUACAUGGCCCAUGAGCACAAAGUCAACAUUGAGGAUGUUGCCACUGAAGGAGCUGGCCUAGUCUUCAUCCUGUACCCGGAAGCCAUUUCCACCCUAUCGGGAUCCACGUUCUGGGCCGUCGUGUUCUUCAUCAUGCUCCUGGCUCUGGGAAUUGACAGCUCAAUGGGGGGCAUGGAGGCGGUCAUCACGGGCUUGGCUGACGACUUCCAGGUCCUGAAGCGUCACCGAAAACUCUUCACAUUUGGUGUUGCGUUUGGAACUUUCCUUCUGGCCCUGUUUUGCAUAACCAAGGGUGGGAUAUAUGUGCUGACCCUGCUGGACACGUUUGCGGCGGGGACCUCCAUCCUGUUUGCUGUGCUCAUGGAAGCCAUCGGGGUCUCCUGGUUUUAUGGUGUGGACAGGUUCAGCAACGACAUCCAGCGGAUGAUGGGGUUCAAGCCGGGCCUGUAUUGGAGACUCUGCUGGAAGUUCGUCAGCCCUGUCUUCCUCCUGUUCGUGGUGGUCGUGAGCAUCAUCAACUUCAAGCCGCUCACCUACGAUGACUACGUCUUCCCGCUCUGGGCCAACUGGGUUGGGUGGGGCAUCGCGGGCUCCUCCAUGGUCCUGGUGCCGGCCUACAUCGUCUACAAGUUCCUCAGCACGCGGGGCUCCCUUCGCGAGAGACUGGCCUAUGGCAUCACCCCAGAGAACGAGCAUCACCUGGUGGCCCAGAGGGACGUCAGGCAGUUCCAGCUGCAACACUGGCUGGCCAUCUGAGCCUGACCCCGAGGAGGAGCCCUGCUGCGCCAGCAUUCAGGUCCAAGGCUUCCUACCACCCCGGGCACUGUCUCGGGGUUCCUCUUCCACCCCACCUCCCUCUUUUCCGAGUUACCACUGAUUUAGUGCCCUGGUUUUCGUUCACCUUCUGUUCACCUGGCCUGAAGGCUGUGAGCUUGGAUUGGUAAGCCUCAGAGAGAAGAGGAGAGGAGGGAACCAGAAAAUGACUUCUGUGGAACCUCCUUAGUGUGGAGGCAGUCUCACCCAGCGUGGGAGCCGGCCUGGGCUGAGGUCCACGGCUCGGGCAGAACUCCCCGCCACGAGUGCUGGUACUUUGGGCCUCAGAAGAAAUCCUCCAUCAGGCAAAUCAGACAGAGGAGGUUGCUUUUGGUCAGACACCGUAAAACCAAAACACAAAUAAAAAGCCCAGCUGAGGCUGGCGGCGGGGGGGGGGGUGUCCAUAGAUUUGUCCACCCCAGUCAGUGCUCUGGUGUGUGGAACUUGGUCAGGGAGCUUGGGUGUAUUUAUCGCUGCCAUGAAGUCUGUGGAUAGAAGCUUUGGGGGGUCAUGAGCAGAAACCUUCAGAGUUAGUUUUCACUCUGGUGGACCUGGGUUUGAUUUGUGUGUGUUCUGGAACAUUCUUCUGGCUUCUGGUGUGUAGAGUCCAGAUGGUGACACAGUGAGCAGCUUCUGCAGAAGAACCAGACAAGCCUGUAGAGACCGUAUGUGGGCCUCGCUGUGUCAGGUACAUGGAGCCCAGAAACCUGUCUGUGGCUCCUGAGACCUUCCUGGGGGACUUGGGCCAGGAACCCAGCAAGGCCAGCUGGGUGUCUCCACUAUGGGAUUCUCUGCUGUCCUCAUGGGGCCAGGCGGGUGUCCAAGGACGGCCCGACAGGCUGCCUGUUUCUGUAUUGUUCAUGGAUACCUGCAAAGCCUGUCCCUGGGAAUCCCACCCAGCACAGACCAGGCGUCUGGAGUGAUGGAGAGUAGGCCCUGAAAACUCCCUUUGUCUCUCUUCAUGGACCAGACUUGGUACCGUGGAGGGCAGCGUGGAACCAAGCACGUAGCACCUCAGUCACUCAGGUUGAGGGGAGACUAUUCUGAGUUGCUGGAGCAGGUUGGUAGGUGGAGAAUUUCUACGCUGACUUCUGAUACAAACUCAUGAGUGGUGCCCCCUGGUGGUGCUGUUGGUUAGUUUCGGCUCAUUCAGAGAAAUGAUUUGUAGUUUGGUAAGGCAGUGCCAUUUGUUUGGAAUUUCUAUUUAUGGUUUGAGUUUCUUACACCCUCGUUGGAAAUCUAGACUUGUGGGUUCUUGUUCUGACUGUGGGAACCCCCAUUGUAGAAUCUUGGGCAAAAAAAGAGAGGCCACAUUUUUUCCACUGGCGUCUAGGGAGGCACACAUCCAAAAGGUGCUUUGGGAAAAGUGGGGUGUCACUGAGCCCCAUCUGCUGAUGGUGCAGUCGGUGGAAGAUGGCUGUGGGGGGCCAGCUGGGGGCAAGGUUCUACUGGGUUAGGGUCCUUAUGUCAUUCUUUAAAGAAAAGUGGGAGAAACAAGAGACCUUGGAUCUUUCCAUAUAAAAAGUCCAGUUCAAAAUCUGAGAUAGCCCAAGUGGCAAGUGACUGGGGCCCUGAAAAAGGUAGGGCCUGAGAGGAUCCCACAGAGUGGGCCAAUCAGGUAGGGGUCUGGGAAUGAGAGCAGGGUGACCCAUCACUGAUGGAAUCUGGCCCCAUCAGUGACUUUGAAUCCUCCCAUGAAGGGUAAUUACUCCCUAGGUGUAAUUUUUUUUUUCCACAAGCACUUUGAUCUACGUUGCCUCCCAUCCGCCUAGAGAUUACUACAGGGCUGGCUUCUGGGUCCCCAUUUCCCAGGUGAGAAAACCAAGGUCCAGCAUUUCAGUCAGUCUUGCUCAGUGCCUCAGCUAUGAAGGGAUCCAGUCGGAUCCUCAAAGCAGAUCCCCUGACUCUCAGCUGAGAGCACUUUGAAAUUCCCAGCGCAGUGUGGUUUACCCCACCCAGAGCUGUCAUUUAGAAUAAACAAAAAUCCAUCCAGUCAAGUAGCCAAGGAGUAUUUCUUAGCAAGAGUGUGUCAAAAGAAGGGAAGAGGGGGUGUCAUUUAUCCUCCUCUAGCUGGUUGCAGAGAGGCAGUUCUUAGCUGCUCUCCUUUGGUGAAAACAGUUCCUCUAGGGAACAGUGGGAUGUGAACAGCUGAAUCUGCUUGGCAGAAAUGAGGGGAAACAGUCAGAAGAGCCUGUGUAUCAGGGCAGUCUUGAGAGAGAGCCUGCCAUUUCCUCUUUGCCAUCUGCACAUGGCCUUUCUGCCUCCAGACACUCGUCCGAAGGCGAACCGGAGAUGUGGUGCUAGCUGACCCCACGCCAACCAACCCAGUGGUGCUGUCUUGUGGGGGAAGUUGGCUCCUGAGCCUGGAGGGGUUGGGGGGGAACCUGAUCCAACCCCAGGGUCCCUGGGGUUGGGGGGGACCCAGGACAGCCAUGGACAUUCUCAAGGAGGUGCUGGCAGACCUUCUGGGUUCACCUUUCACCCACACUUCAUGAGGAGGGAACAUGUGCUUUAUCAUAAGUGAUGUUUGACUUCUUAUUUGGGACCUUUUUUUUUGAUAGAGGUUACCCGGGAUAAAGGUGCUCCUGUGUACUGUACAGGACACUUUUGAUAUUUUCCCAGAUUUUUAAGGAAUUAUUAUUUUCCAUGAAGUGUACAAAUAUCUGUUUAAGACCAUCACGUUAAUAUCUACUCAAGGUCUAGUUAUUUAGCGUCUACCUGUGAGUUGGUCUUCAUUCCAGAUGCGAAUGAGACAGAGGAGAAGGGGAAUUGCCAACUCCUGCUGAGUAUCCUGCUGAAUAAAGGCCCCCAAAGCCGCCUUCAUUCUCAGAGGGGUUCUUGCCCAGGUGGGAGACUGGUCUCGUGCAGAAUGGUCUGUGUUGCCGCUGUGGUAAUGUGAGACCGGAUAUUCUUACCAAAGAUGUCAUUUCUUAGUAAGAAGCCCACUGAGCUCAUUUCAUUUCGUUUGUCUGUUUCCUUUGAGAGCCAUGGAAGGGAGAAGAACAGAGAGGGAGUGUAGUGUGGUGAAAACAGCACAGCACUUAGAGUUGCACAGACCUGGGUCUGCAGCUAUCUUGCUGGGUGGCCUGGGGAGAGGGGCUCCACCUCUCUGGGCUUCAGAGUUCGGGUUCUGUAAAACCAAGGGUUGGAUCAGAGAAUCAGAGGUCCUAUCCAGUAAAAAAAAAAAAAGUUCCUGUCUCUGUAACAGUGUUAUCGUGCUAAAUUUACAAUGAAGGAAGCACCCUGCUUACUGUAGGACUUCCCAGAAUGAUGUAGUGACCCAAAACCUACUACUGAGCAGAGAAAUGUCAGACCUAUGAUUUUUCAGGACAGUCAGUAGUUCCUCUUUCUCCAAUAUUUCUUCAACAGAUGCCAGAAACACUUGAUAUUUAAAAAAUAAAUCCAACCCUUUUGUUUUGAGGAUUUUGAGGGUAGACUUGUCAUGUCCUUGUGAGUCCUAGGAUCCGCCUCUCUGCGAAUACGCAGCAUGACUAUUGCUGCAGUCGUAGAAGUCACCAAAAUCCUGGUGAAUGUGACAUUGCUUCGGGACGUGCCCACCCCAUCCCUCUGUUUCUCCACUUCUGUGUAAAUAAAGACUUUCAGUGGUGCCCCAUGUCAUGGACUGUUCCAAUGUCAUGCAGAUUUCUAUAUCUGGUGUGCAUUUCUUUUAAAAGCUCUUCUCUCCAUGGAAAAUUAAAUGUACAGAAUAAUAAAGGAUAUUUCCUGUGCCAUGUA